AUGUUUUAUAAACAAGCUCAAGUCACAUUUCACUUGCAUUCUGGAGCCCAGUGCAUAAAGUCAUUUAGACGAAAAAACGUAAACAAAUUUUUUUCUCACGAUUUUUUCGUUUUUUCGAUGAAUUAAGGUCUCAAUAUCACUGAAAAUGUCGCAUUCCGGUGUCACACAGAGCAAAAUCCCCAAGGACGCUCAAGUAAUCAUCUCAAUUUUGAAGGAAAUUGGAAUUCAGGACUACGAGCCACGAGUCGUCAAUCAAUUACUCGAGUUUACCUAUCGAUAUGUAACUUGUAUCCUGGAUGACGCCAAAGUGUACGCGAAUCAUGCCAAAAAGAAGGUAAUCGAUGCAAAAGACGUUAAACUCGCAUCUCAGAUGAUGUUGGACAAGGCAUUUACAAAUCCGCCCGCUCGUGAUGUCCUCUUCGAAGUGGCAAAAGCGAAAAAUUCCACCCCGCUCCCUCUGGUGAAGAUUAAUUGUGGUUUGCGACUGCCGCCCGAUCGUUAUUGCCUCUCGGCAUGCAACUACAAGCUCCGUGCUGCCUCGCAACCCAAAAAAAUGGUCAAAUCAGCACUCGAAUCGCGGUCCGGCAUCAAAACGACCUUCAAACCGUCGACAAUUGUGCAAACGACCGUCAAGAAACCCGUCACCGCGAUGCCAAAAACGCAAACGGUGACGAUUCCCAAGCCAACAUUCAAGUUUACAACGCAAGCAAAGAUCUCGUUCAAGCCCAAAACCGAAGGAAUCACCAAAAUGGAGACGGAUGACGGCGAUUCGGGCAAACGGAAGCGCGACGAAGAGGAUGACUUCGAAAUAGUUCAAUAA